AUGGGUAUCGACUCUUUCAGCGACGAAUAUACUUCUCCCAUUCAUCCAGCAAGAAUUUUUAAAGCAUCAAUCAUAGACUCCCACAACUUGAUUCCAAAACUCAUACCACAAGCUAUAAAGAGUAUCAAAUUCAUCCAAGGCAAUGGUGGAACUGGAAGUAUUAAGCAAAUCAACUUUGCCGGAGGUAGUAACUUCGAUUCUGUGAAGUAUCAUAUUGAUGAGCUCGACGAAAGGACAUUUACAUAUAAGUACACAUUAAUAGAAGGCGAAGCCUUGAUAGACAAGCUAGAAAAGAUUACUUAUGAUGUUAAGUUUGAGCCAACACCGGAAGGUGGUUCUAUCUCUAAGGUAACUAGCAAAUAUUAUACUAAGGGAGGUUUCAAGCUCAAAGAGGAUGACAUCAAGGCUGGGAGGACAAAGGUAUUGUCUGUGUAUGAGGCUGUCGAGGCCUACCUUCUUAAGAACCCUGAUGCUUAUGUCUAG